GGUGUGUAUGCUGUAAGACUAUGAAAGCCCCAAGCAAAGGUCCCAGUCUUUCCAGUGCCAGGUUUCUAGAUGAGGACUCUUGCACAGAGAAUAGGUGACUGGAUGCUGGGCUUCCAGGCCCUGAUCUGCUGCUGCCCACUUGGACCAACAAUGAUUGCAUAAAAUGUUGCCCUCGGGUAUUUUUGAACUGUGUGGAAGGUUGACCACUGGGGAAUGAGUGUCACUGGCGGGAGUUCAUGGGCUUAAUUCUUAGGAGGUCAGUGUCCUGUUGUCUGUCCUAUCAUGGCCCUGGGGGAGAGAGAAGCAAGGUCUGCUCUGAUUGGCCUGGACCCAAGGUGGAGUAAGCCUGAGAGAGCAAAGGCCAUGAGAAGGAUGUUACUCUCCUUCUCUACCAAGGCCUCGCCCAUCAGAAACUGCCCCCACACCCAGGACCGCGUGACUCUGUGCUUCCCCUGGCUCUCCUUCCUAGAGGCCACAUGCCUAGAGAGCUUUGGUGUUGGUGGGAGGGUGAAACAGCAGCCUGCUGGCAGCUGGGACUCAGAGGGUGUUAGCCUGGGGAAGGGAGAAAGCUCAGAGCAUGGAUGCGGGAGCUUGAGUCUGGCUGGGGUAGAAGCUGGGGUGGUUUCCGCUAAAGCAGGAUAGAUGAUCAGUGUGGCCUCAGGGGCAGGGGAGGAAGGCUACUGGUACCGGGGUCUGUUCCUGCCUCAGAGGGAAGUUCUCCCUGAGCAUUAAUUUUCAAGACACACAUCCUUGAGGAGAGCCUCUCUGCAGCUGGAGCCUCGCUCACGUUAUCUCUUGUGAAGCCCCCACACCCUCCUACAGCCCCCUAAGUGGGACCUUUCCUUCAAAGACUACCCACAAGGGCUGCCCAAGUGGAACGGGCUGUGCGAGAGAUGUGGGUCACUUCCGACUCUGAGACAAAAGCUGAGAAGAGAGGCCUCAGAGAAUAAAUAGAAAGGAGACUAAGAGGACGAGCAGACAAACAGGAGGAGCCAGGCCUGGACAGAGGAGGAAGCCAGCUAUGUAAGAAACGAAGGCAACUUGGCACCCUCCUCCCACCUUGCUUGCCUCCCUCUCCUGGCCCCAGGUCCCUCGGGCUGCCCUGGACUUCCCGCCAGGUUCCGGUCCUUCCAGUCCGGGAAAGGCCGGGAAUGGAUGUUUAACCUUCCCAUCUUCUUUAAGGGGCUCUGAGCUCAGUCUCCCGGGGCUCACGUACCCUUGUCCCCAGGGCCCUGCUGCCUCUCGAAGUACCCUGGGGCGCUGGCUGGGAGCCCGGUAGAGGUCCGAGGGAGGUAUCUGGGAAGGAAAGGAGGAUAUGCGGAGACCCGACUCAGCAGAGACGAGCGAGGAGGGAGAGGAAGUUCUGAGAGUGACGGAUAGAGAUCGCGCGGUCAGAGGCGAGCGAGGCAGAGAAGGGGAGGUGCGGGCGGAAACGAGGAGCACCGGCCGGCUGCCCUCCCAAGAGACGCACGGCGCGGGAGGCUGGACCCACAGCAGUCGCCCCUGCCCGCCUCCGCCUAGGAUGGGAAACCUGGCGGAGGCUGAGAGCAGGAGAGCGCCACUGGCAGCCCCGAGAGGGCGAGCGCAGCGGAAGGUGCACCCCUCUCAGCCCAGCUCCAGAAUGGCCCUGCCCCCCAGUCCCCUGGCCAUGGAAUAUGUCAAUGACUUUGACUUGAUGAAGUUUGAGGUAAAGCGGGAGCCCUCUGAGGGCCGACCUGGCCCCCCUACAGCCUCACUGGGCUCCACACCUUACAGCUCAGUGCCUCCUUCACCCACCUUCAGUGAACCAGGCAUGAUGGGGGCGACCGAGGGCACCCGGCCAGGCCUGGAGGAGCUGUACUGGCUGGCUACCCUGCAGCAGCAGCUGGGGGCUGGGGAGGCACUGGGGCUGAGUCCUGAAGAGGCCAUGGAGCUGCUGCAGGGUCAGGGCCCAGUCCCUGUUGAUGGGCCUCACAGCUACUACCCAGAGAGUCCAGGGGAGACAGGAGCCCAGCACAUCCAGCUGGCCGAGCGGUUUUCCGACGCGGCGCUGGUCUCGAUGUCUGUGCGGGAGCUAAACCGGCAGCUGCGGGGCUGCGGACGCGACGAGGCGCUGCGGCUGAAGCAGAGGCGCCGCACGCUGAAGAACCGCGGCUACGCGCAGGCCUGUCGCUCCAAGCGGCUGCAGCAGCGGCGCGGGCUGGAGGCCGAGCGCGCCCGCCUGGCCGCCCAGCUGGACGCGCUGCGGGCGGAGGUGGCCCGCCUGGCCCGGGAGCGCGAUCUCUACAAGGCUCGCUGUGACCGGCUAACCUCGAGCGGCCCUGGGUCCGGGGAACUCUCCCACCUCUUUCUCUGAGCCAUUCAGAGCACCUUGUGUUGUAGUGGGGGCUGGGUGGGGUGGCACCGCCCAGGAGGCGGCUGCACUGUUCUCUGCGUCGUUACCAGAGCGCCUUCUGGUCCUAGCCACGCCCUGUAUGACCGCGCAAAUAUCCCCAAAGCUUUUGGGUUCUCAAGUCAUGCCCGAAUUUAGAUGCUGGUCAUUUUCUGGAGAGGGGUCCCCUCCCCUUACGAACACAGAAACCCAGCCCACAUGACUAGCAGGCUGAGCUCUGCAGGGACCAGUGCCAGGCACUGGGGGGUGGAAGUGUGGUGACACAGUGAAUGAGAGGUGGGGGAGGGUUGCAGCUCCCACCUCAGUUUAGUUUUUAAUUCAAGGUUUUCAACCUGUAACACAUUAAAGCUGUAAUUAGCAA